AUGCGCCGGGCUCACUGCGCUGCAAAGGUGCCGGAAAACUUAUCUCCGCUCACAGUCUUGGACCCAGCUGCGCUGGAUGGCAGGUUGCUUUUCGCGAUCCCGAAGAAAGGGCGCCUGCAUGAAAAAUGCGUGUCCUUGUUAGCUGGCGCCGAUAUACAGUUUCGGAGGCACGAUCGCCUGGAUGUUUGCAUCGUCAAGAACCACCCGAUCGCACUCGUCUUCCUCCCUGCGUCCGAUAUCCCCUCAUUCGUGGGUAAGGGGAACGUCGAUCUGGGCAUUACGGGCCACGACGUGAUCCUCGAGUCGCAGAUGGAGCAACACGUCACCGAGGCGCUGCGUCUCGGCUUCGGCAGGUGCGCUUUGCAGGUGCAGGCCCCCGAGGCGUCGACGAAUAUCCGGAGCGUCGACGAUCUCGCGGGGAAGAGGAUCGUCACGAGCUUCGAGUGGCUGGCGGGCAAGUAUUUCAAGGACCUCGAUGAGAGACUGGGUCUCCAGGGCGAGAAUGCCACGCAGAUUGAGUACGUCGGGGGGAGCGUCGAAGCUGCUUGCUCGUUGGGACUUGCGGACGGGAUCGUCGAUCUCGUUGAGUCGGGCGAUACAAUGCGUGCUGCGGGACUUCACGCAAUAGCUACGGUUCUGGAGACGGAGGCGGUUCUCAUCAAGUCCUCCACGCCAAAGCACCCACACCUCUUACCCCUCAUCGAGGUUAUCACUUCCCGCAUCCAGGGGGUCAUCGCCGCCAGCAAAUAUGUCGUUUGCGAAUACAAUAUCCAUCGCUCUAAGCUUCCUGAGGCGACUGUUCUCACUCCCGGCCGACGCGCGCCGACGAUAUCUCCCCUGGAAGAAGAGGGCUGGGUCGCCGUCAGCGCUAUGGUGGAGAAGUCCAAGGUGGCAGACAUCAUGGACGAGCUGAAAAAGAUUGGUGCGGAAGAUAUUCUGAUAUUUAACCUAGACAAUUGUCGUGUUUGA